UCUUCCCCCAAGCCCCAUGACGCUCCUCUCAGCCAUUACGGCGGCUGCGGAAGCCGGGGCUCCAUCGCCGGCGCCGAAACAUCCUCUCAUCCUCAACGGCGACGCUGCAGUUCAUUCCCUCGUUCCUGGAAGUGACUCCCCUGCAAACGCCGCCCUCGUCAAGCGCGUCUCUGGGUGGAGCCUUUCCAGCACUGAUACGGAUAUUGCUGUUCUUGUUUCCAGCCUUUCCAAAACCCUAACUCGCAAGCUCAAGAACCCUAGAUCGCUGAAUCGAGACGAGUGCGUAGGUCUUCUCGGCUCGUUCUUCCAGAAGUGCGCUGAAAGGAUCGGCCUUGCCAUCAGUGUCGACCCCUCUGACCCUAAUUUCAUCCCCAAAGCGAUUGAAAAGUUGGGGUUUGUGAUUGGAAGGGAAGCCGCGGGACUGAUUCUUGAAGGAUGUCUUAUUCUGGAGGUUUGGGAGGUAAUCGAAACCCUCAUCUUGCAAAAGCUUGCAGGGAAUCUAAAACUCUUUUUUGCUAUUGAGAAGGCAACUCACAGAGGUUUAGAUGAAAAGGUGACGGCUUUAGCUAGAGAAGCUUCCAUCUUGCUAGCCAUGGCUCAUGACAGGUUCUCAUCUUCGGAGGUGUGCCUACAUUAUGUGUUUGGAUCUUCAAAUUUGGAUGAUCUUGUGCUUUCAUCUGCGAUUUUGAGACUUGAUGGGUCAGAGGUUUUGACACUUGUUAGGUACUUUAUCAAGUGGCUGGAGAAGUACCAGAGAUUUCCCGAAGCUGGGCCUUGCCCCUCAGCAAUGCCAGUUUUGGGUUUAACCGUUUGUGAUAGUAUUCCUUCACUUGAAUCAGUGGCCAGGGGAUUGGGGUUGGUCUUAGAUGAGCAUUUCUCCUAUUUGGUUCUGAGUUCUGAGUUCCAUGAGGAGAUGAGAGCAAUUGAGAGACUAGUGAAAUCUUUUGCAUCAGAAGCUGAGUUGUGUUUGCCCGUGAAUGAGAUUAUCAAGCAUUUGCAGUUGGAAGCAAGGCAGUAUUGAGAUUACAUCAGCUCACCAAUGGAUGCUAUUAAUUGUUCAAAGGCGCGGCGAGCUUUCAGUGAACAGUUCUUUGAGUAAAAAAUUUUGGUAAAUUUUUCAACUUAAUUGGCAUCAAACCAAGCUGUUGGAACUAUUGAUCUUCGCAGAGACCUUGCACCUUUUUGACACCCUCUACUGGGCUAAGUUUUUGCACCUGUUUUACAUUACUGCAACCCGGGAAUCACCAUUUACGCCGCCAAGUUCCAGAUAUUCUUCAUUCUUGUUUCUUGUAUGUUCAACAUAUAUCAAACAAUUGUUAUGUUAUAUGAUCCAUUUAUUUUCUGAUCUUAUAAUUAUGAGCUGGAAACCUAUUUGCAUGCAUACCCUUACAGAUGCUCAUACACAUCCCACUAAAUACAAAUUCUAAUCAAUGUAAGACGUGAAUUAUCAUUCUCAUUGUUUAGCAUUCAUGGCUACUAUUUUGUGUCUUUUGAACAUGUGUCUUUUUUCCACGUUUAAUGUUAUUUUAUCUCAGUCAAAGUAUCACGCCAACAAUGCUUGCUAUAUCGACAUC